AUGGCAUCAGCUGGGAAGGCGUUCGUUGGGCCCCUAAUUCAUUCCAUCUCGGCCUCCGAGCUCGAGAUCCUACCCUGUGCUCUCCUCGCCGUCGACAGCAAGGGGAGCAUUGGCGCCUUGCUCAAAAUGGAAGAUGCCAGCCCGCAACAGGUCCGAGAUAUGCUAACGACCUUGAACUUCCCGCCGGACCUCGUCACGAUCCAUUGGCUCGCCCCGGGACAGUUCUUGAUCCCGGGCUUCGUCGACACGCACAACCACGCGCCGCAAUGGGCACAGCGCGGCCUGGGCCAGGGGAUGCACAUCCUCGACUGGCUCGACGCCAUCACCUUCCCCAACGAGGCCCGCUUCCGCGACGCCGGCUACGCCCGCCGCGUCUACGCGAGCUGCGUCGACGGCUUCCUGCGGCAGGGCAUCACCACGGCGUCGUACUACGGCUCGCUGCACGGCGAGGCCACCAAGAUCCUGGCCGAGAUCUGUCUGGAGAAGGGUCAGCGCGCCCUGGUGGGCAAGUGCAACAUGACGCGGAACGCGCCCGAGUACUACCGGGACGCCUCCGUCGAGGAGAGCUUGCGCGUGACCGAGGAGUGCAUCGCGCAUAUCCGGUCGCUCGACCCCGCGGGGAGACUGGUCAAGCACGUCCUGACCCCGCGCUUCGCCAUCUCGUGCGACCCGGAGGUGCUGGAGGGCCUGGGCGAAAUCGCCCGGCGGAACGCCGACCUGCCCAUCCAGACGCACUUCAACGAGGCCGAGCAGGAGAUGGCGGCCACCAGGGCGCUCUUCCCGCAGUUUGCCAGCGAGGCAGACCUGUAUGAACACUAUGGGCUGCUGGGGGAGCGAUCCAUUCUGGCGCACUGCUGCCACAUGACCGAGUACGAGUUCGAGCGGUUGAAGACGCUCGAGUGCGGCGUUGCGCACUGCCCCAUCGCCAACAUGACGGUCGGCGGCGGCUUCAUGGCGGCCCCCGUACGCGAGUUUCUGCGGCGCGGCUUCAAGGUCGGGUUGGGAACCGACAGCGGCGGCGGCUUCUCGAGCAGCAUCCUGGAUGCCAUGCGGCAGGCUAUGAUCGCCAGCCAUGCGCGCGAGGUCAUGUCCGAGGGGCGAGACAAAGGCCUGACAAUCGACGAGGUGUUCUACCUCGCCACCGCGGGGGGCGCUCAAGUAUGCGGUCUCGCAGACAAGAUCGGCAAGUUUGAAGUGGGCAAAGAGUUCGACGCGCUGGUCAUCGGGACGCAGGGAAGCGACCAAGGCAUCAUGACCAUGGUAGAGGAAGGGGAUAGCUUGCGCACCGUGUUUGAAAAGUUUGUCAUGACAGGCGAUGACAGAAACAUCGUGAAGGUCUAUGUUCAGGGCAGGCUGGUGAGGGAUUUGGCAGCGGGUGCCUAGAGGAAGGUCGUGUAGCUGCCCAGAUGUUCAGGAGGCAUCAAGCCAGGGCGAAGGACAUGCUCUAACGCUGGUGCGCUUUGGCUGUGGUCAGAGAAUUUUCAUAAUGUAAAGAGUGUCCGAACAUUUUGAAACUCAGUUCGCCAUCUUG